GGCGAGCGGGCGAUGGCGCGGAGCCGGGCGGCUUACGAGUACACGGAGGCGGAGGACAAGAGCAUGCGGCUGGGUUUCCUCCUCAUCGCCGCCGGGUUGCUCUCCCUGCUGGGUCUGGGCUGUUGCUGGCUGCGGCCGGCGCUGCAGGAGCGGGGAGGAGGAGGCUCCACCAACUGCACGGUGCUGGCGGUGCGGCAGCUCGGGGAGCGCUUCGCCUGCACCUUCUCCUGCGGGGCCGCCUGCCGGGGCACCGCCCGCUACCCCUGCCUGCAGGUCCUGGUCCGCACCGCCCGCUCCUCCGGCCCUGCCCUGCUCCACGAGGACGAGCGGCAGCUCCGCAUCAACCCCAAGUGCUCCUACAUCCCUCCCUGUGCAAGAGAUGAUCAGGAGAACUCUGAGAACGUCACAUACAAGCAGAAAUACUGGAAAGAGAAAGUGGGUUCACAACCAUUUACAUGCUAUUUUAACCAGCACCUAAGGCCAGAUGAUGUGAUGUUGAAGCGCACCCAUGAUGAGACUGUCAUCUUGCACUGCUUCCUCUGGCCUCUGGUUACGUUCCUGGUUGGAGUCCUCAUCGUGGUCCUGACCAUCUGUGCCAAGAGCCUGGCUAUCAGGGCAGAGGCAAUAAAAAAGAAGAAACAUUUGUAAACAGCAAGUUUGCUGCUGAUGGGAACCAAAAAGCUGCAAGAAGAUCUCAAGUGAGGCAUCUCACACACCUGCAGGUCUGGAGGGCACCCAGCUGCACCUCCUUCCAGUGUCUCGUCUGAUGGUGGAGUUGCUCUUGCCUCAGGAUUAUUCUUGGGAGACUGCCACAUGAAAUGUCAGCUAAUUGCUUCUUCUGCUAUGAUGGCAAAUAAGAAUAUUCUACCAAAAAAUAAAAUCU